GGUCACGAGCCAGCCAGAAGACGCGCCCCACUCGGGUCUUUCUCGGCCGCGCCGUCGUGCUCACCGAGUCUCACCACCACCAGAGGGGCGGCGCCUUCUCCUCCCGGCGAGCGACGGCGGCGGCGGGAGAGGGAGGGGAGAUGGCGGGGUGGCUUAAGGCGCUAGCGUACAGCGCCGGUGGUGUGGCGGUGGCCGGCCUAGCGGCGCUGGUUGCGCUGCAGGAGCGCCUCGUCUACGUGCCCGUGCUCCCGGGCCUGCCGCGCGCGUACCCCAUCACCCCCGCCCGCCUCGGCCUCAUCUACGAGGAUAUCUGGCUCCGCACCGUGGACGGCGUGCGCCUCCACUCCUGGUUCAUCCGCCACUCCCCCACCUGCCGAGGUCCAACCUUUCUGUUCUUCCAAGAAAAUGCUGGCAACAUCGCUCACCGUUUGGAAUUUGUUCGACUAAUGAUGCAGCGACUACAGUGCAAUGUUUUUAUGCUUUCUUAUAGAGGGUAUGGUGAGAGUGAUGGUUAUCCUUCUCAGAAAGGGAUCACGUAUGAUGCACAGGCUGCACUUGAUCAUCUAGCUCAGAGGAAGGACAUUGACACAACCAGGAUAGUUAUCUUUGGAAGAUCUUUAGGAGGUGCUGUUGGAGCAGUUCUUGCCAAAAACAAUCCUGACAAGGUGGCCGCUCUAAUACUGGAAAAUACAUUUACAUCCAUACUGGACAUGGCUGGUAUUAUGCUUCCAUUCUUAAGAUGGUUCAUAGGUGGGAGCUCUUCUAAAGGUCCAAAACUUCUGAACUGUGUUGUUCGCUCUCCAUGGAAUACACUUGAUAUUGUUGGACAGGUCAAACAACCCAUUCUCUUCCUUUCUGGAUUGCAAGAUGAACUAGUCCCCCCUCCACACAUGAAGAUGCUAUAUGACAAAGCCUCUGAUCAUAACAGAAAUUGCAGAUUUGUUGAUUUUCCUAGUGGUAUGCAUAUGGAUACCUGGAUGUCUGGAGGGGACCGCUACUGGAGGACAAUCCAAUUGUUCUUGGAUCAAUACGCUCCUGGAGUACAGAAUCGUGAUGUCAGCUUUAAAAGUGAAAUUACUGAGGAUGAUGAAGCUGCUGAUUGACCGGAACAUCUGGAUCAGACUUCUUUUUCCGAAUUUCUGUUUCCUGAUGUUGUGGCAAUUUAUGUCACCAAUGAACUGAAGCUCACUGCAAACAAUUAAUUCAGGCAAUUAUUCUGCUCCAUUGUACCUGAAGCAACCGAAGUUGUGAAUAUUUUUCGAGGAUAUUCUCCAUCAUGCUCUGCCGCUUCAUUUGUACCUGGAACUUAUAGUUAUUUGUCCAUGAACCGAAUAUAUCCUCUUGAUUAAAUGUACGAAUGGCAUUUUUUUUUCUUUGCUAGUAUCCGUAACAUUCCUGGAAAUGUGGCUGUACGACAGCCCGAUACAGGCUGUAAGCUUGUUGGCUCAACUAUUUGGUUUUGUGAUUUUGAUUGUUUGCUACCAAUGUGAUUUCCUUUUUGCCUUGUACAGUAGUACAAGUGAGUUGUGAACCCA